UGGAAGCUCUCUCUCCUCUCUCUCCCCUCUCUCCCUCUCUCUCUCUUGUGUGACGAAUGGGUUUUAGGGUUUAUGCCAUUUCUUCUUCCUCAUCACCUUCAUUCGUUCUUGUUCUACAAACUAUAUCACUACUUGCCCAUCUUGUUCAGGGAAAAGGAUGUGAUAUGUUCACAGGGCGGUGGGUGAAGGACACCUCUUACCCUCUCUACGAUUCCUCCACGUGUCCCUUCAUCGAGCGCGAGUUCGCCUGCCAGAGAAAUGGACGGUCAGAUCUCGAUUUCACUGCGUUCAGAUGGCAACCCCUCGAUUGCAAUUUGGCAAGGUUCAAUGGAGUGGAGUUCUUGGAGAGACAUAGAGGGAAAAAGAUAAUGUUUGUGGGAGAUUCUCUAAGUAGGAACCAAUGGCAAUCAUUAACAUGUAUGCUUCACUCUUCCAUCCCGAAUUCUCCAUACAAUAUCACCCGACAAAACGAUAUAUCGUCCUUUAUUUUCAUGGAUUAUGGAGUGGAAGUGAUGCUUGAUCGGAAUGUUUACUUGGUAGAUGUUGUGAAAGAGAGUAUAGGUCGAGUUUUGAAGCUCGAUUCGAUCAAAGGAGCGAAACUAUGGACAGGAACCGAUGUGCUGAUCUUCAAUACUUGGCAUUGGUGGAACAGAAGAGGAACUACACAACCAUGGGAUUGGAUUCAGAUUGGGAACAACAUUACAAAGGAUAUGGAUCGUAUGGUUGCAUUCGAGAAGGCACUUGAUACUUGGGGCAAAUGGGUUUAUGAAUUUAUAGAUCCCAAAAAAUACACUGUCUUUUUCCAAGGGAUCUCACCUUCUCAUUACAAUGGAACCCUAUGGGGUGAGCCAAAGGCAAAGAGUUGUUUAAACCAGAAGCAACCACUUCUAGGGUUAACAUAUCCCGGAGGAUUGCCUCCGGCAGUAGAAGUCGUGAAGAGGGCACUCGAUAAAAUCUCGAAGCCAGUUACUCUCCUCGAUGUUACAAUGCUUUCGCUGCUUCGGAAAGACGGUCACCCUUCUGUUUUCGGUUUAGGUGGCCGGACUGGUAUGGAUUGCAGCCAUUGGUGUCUUCCUGGUGUGCCGGAUAUUUGGAAUGAGAUUCUUUACAAUUACUUGGUUAAGUGAUUAUACAAACGAAGAGAGAGAAAAACAUUUAUGUUUGAUUCAAAAAGGGUAUUCUUUUUACUGAGUAAAUGAGCUACUUUUGGCUUGAUAUA